AUGGAGUGGAGAACGACCUUGUUAGGUUAUGCGCGCGAUGAGAGAGUGAUACUUAUGGGCAUCGGGCUCGCCGCCUUUGGGAUUGUCGGCACAAUGACGUCUGUUUUAACAAUGAUUCGCGACGCCCACGCAAUUGAUCCAAAGCAGCCAAAAACCCAAUACAUCACGCAGGAUACGGAAGACUCACUUGAGCUAGGGACUUUGGAGAAGCUUUUGUUGCAUCCAAACUACUCUAUCAGGGAGGUGGCUACCAAGAUCCUUUGCGACCGAGCCAUCAACGACAAUGAAACCCUUCUUCGGCUGCUUUAUGGUAUUACUCGCCCUGACUACGAUGAGCGAAUGAGAUGCCUACGCGCUCUUGCUUUGCUUACAGGACAGACAAUGGGGCUCGACGGUCUGUCACAGCUCAACAACGACAAGGCGUACUCGGCGUUGGUCAGGUCGCUCGAAUUGAGCUUGGAUGAUUCAGAACUUCCAGACUUGACGAACUAUCACUGGGAUGAAUAUUAUCUCAGGGACAUGGCCGAGAGGUUCUGCCUCAUGUUUGUUCAUGAACUGAUCAACAAGUAUGGUGCGACUUCACUCGUCAAGGCCAAGUUUGUCGAGAAAUGGCUGGCCAAACAGAAAUGGGGAGAUGGCCCAGAAUCUCGUCGUCACAACUUCAAAGCCUACACCGAUCUCAAAGGGAACCGGAUCGUCGACAUUGUUGAACGCAUCAAACAGUCUAAGCGUGGUACGAGGGCCCUGGAGCGUGCUGGCUUGAUGGAUAAAGACAGCUCUAGAAGACGGAUGCGAGAAAUGCCCGACGUCAUCAUGGAGAUUGAGGAAGAGGUCGUGGAGGAAGAUAUGCCAGCUACUCGGGUGCGACGACCCAUGCGAGAGCACUCUGUAGAGGAGCAACGGUUAAGACGACAACACCGGGAAGCCAUGGUCCUCAACGAUGGCACCAGACCGCUAGGUAGAGAAGACAUCAUUGAAAGGGAUCAUGGUUCGGCAAACUAG